AUGAACAAAAUUCCCUCCCCUAUUCUUACUAUUAUUUUAUCUAUAUCUGGCCCUUUUCCUAACAUACUCAGGCUCGCGAAAGUUUGUAAAAAGUGAAGAAAUUUAAUAUCCAAGGCUCAGCAUUAUGUAUCAUUUCAAGGAUCACUUGAACCAAAAUUUUUUCCGGGAAGUAUUGAUAUAAGGAUAGCUCUUUCUAAGUUUCUUGAUGGGUGAAAAAUCUUUCACUUGGAUCUGAAAAAUGUAAAAUAAUAUCUAAUGAAUUAUAUUCCUUGCAUUAUCUUAAUUUUAAUUUUCUUUAUAUAAAUCGAGUCUCUAAAGAUGAAUCUAUUAUAAACCUAUAAGGCAUAUAUAUUUUAGAUGUCGACUUUUUAGCAAAAAUAAUUGUAUCACAGCCUCAGAUGAUUUCUCUGGAUCUCUCUAACAAUAAAAUCAAUUUAGAAAACUUUUUGCUAGCAAUUGAAGAAUUAAAUGUUGACUUAUCAUAUGAAGGGUUUCUAGGGAAAAAAAAUUUUAUCUUACUCCCCUUCCGCGAGAAACAAAAAAUAUUGGAAAAGUCGCUAUUUUUUGCCCAAAAACCCUCCCUCCGUGAGCGAUAAAAAAUUUUUUAUGAAAAAAAAAAUUGAUAUAUAAAUGAUAAUUAAUAUAGCGUUUCUAAUUCUGUUUAAUUUUGAACAAAUUGCAUUUUAUAGCAUAAAUUUUAAAAAUUAAAUUAUAUAGGGGGUUUUUUAAAUUUCGAAAAAAAAAUUACUAUGCAUUUAUACAUGAUUUUUUUAAAAAUAAAAUUAAGCCUCUUCAUGAGCUUUUUUUCGCUCACGGAGGGGGGGGAGUUAGAAGUAUUGAAAAUUACAAACAAUAAAACUAAUGAUUUACGAUUUGAUUUACUUGUCAAAAUUUUCCCAAAUUUAAAACAAUUAUAUGCGGGAAAUACAGAGAUUUCCCCUUAUGAUUUAAAAGUUUUGAUAGAAAACUCACAUAAAAUAGAAGUCCUGGAUAUCAGCAACUGCCCCAAAAUUGAUGCACUUGAUGAAUUCUUUUUCGAUUUAAAUAUUAAUUUAAAAGCUCUUACUAUUAAAAAGCUUUUCAUUUCUCCAACAAAAUCAAACUCAAUCGCAAUCGAACUGUUAAAAAAUAAAGGAUUAACUGUUAUUGAUACUACAAUAGGUAAAUUAUUGCAUGAUUUUAAAACAAAUGAUGAUACACAAAGAAUUGAAAAUAUGCUCAAUCUUAAUCUUAACCUUAAUUAUUUAUAACGUUUUACGUCCACUACAGGGUAGCCUUGUCCAGAGCUACCACCAUAUUUAUCCACGUGUCGGGCCAUGGACCUCUGGAUCGACCCACUUCGUUUCACCAAGGCACGGGUAAGUACGGCGUUCCGGCUUCGAUAGGCUUUGCUGCCGCCACGGCUUUAUUCCGACUAAGCUCCUGCGCGUAUUCCGCUAAGGGUCCACCUUUUUCAGGUGUGCUGAGGAGUAAAGACCUGAGCCUCUUGAUCGCACUGAGGAGCAGUUUCUUUGUUUAUCCCCAAAGUUAAAUCGCUGUUGCUGUGCAGAAGUUCUCGAGGUAAAACCCAACCCCAUAAAUAAAAUUGCUUGAGAGAGAAAAUUAGCAGAGCUAAUUUCGCUCGAAGCGAAAGCCAUUUUAUUUAUAUGAAAAAUAUACUCAAUCAAGGUUUAGAUGUAAAUUUGAUGAGUGAAAUACAUAAUGAAGAUGUUUCGUCAUAUCCGCAAAUGGAAAUUAUAAGAGAAAUCAAAAACCAAGAAUUAUUGAUGAAUCUUUUUAGAGUGCUGAUAAGAUAUGGGCUGGAUUUAAGCCACCAUUCACAUUUAUUUGAAAAAACUCUUAUUAACUCUGCAAUAAAUUUUGAUCAUAAGGAACUAUUAAGGAUUCUUAUUAGCAAUGGAGCUGAUUUAUGCCCUGUUCCUUAUGGAGAGUUAUUGGAAAUUUUGCGAGGGAGAAAUGACCAUCAUGGCUUUACUUCUCGGGUUGAAAUUUCAGAUUUAUAUGAAAAGCCGGCAGCAACUUUUUCAGCCCACAAAGGAAAUUGGCAAAUUUGUGAGCUCUUUUUCGAAUUUGGGCUGGAAAAAAUUGAUUUUUAUAAAUCAAAGCAUUGCAAUCCUGUCUGCAGCGCUGCUGUUGAUGGGAAUAUUGAACUCUUCAGCUACUUGAUUAUAAAUAAAUUUCCCUAUUAUAAAUGCCCACAGCACAGAAAUUAUCUUCUUGAAAAUUAUUCAAUUGUUGAAAUCGCUAUAAGUGAAGGUUAUUUAAAGUCAGCUGAAAUUCCACUAUGAAUGAUCUAUGAAGCUUCACGCUUUUAUACAGUACAUCAGCACGAGUCACAAGCGAUUAGAUUGCUAGAGUUUAUCAUUCAUUUAGAUAUUAAAAACCAAGAAAGAAAGCUUUUAUAUUCAGAUCGACGCUUAAAUAUGGAAAGUAUCUAUUACAAACCUCUUAUGUGUUUGGCAAUUCAAUAUAAAAGCUAUAAAGUGCUAUCUUGGCUAUUAAAAAAUGGAUUUGAUAUAAACUCAGAGGAUGAAUACGGAUGGACAGGAUUUAUGUUGGCUGCAGACUCAGGGAACUAUGAAAUUCUUUCUUAUUUAUAUAAGCAUGGGGCUAAAAUAGAUAAAGUAAACCAAAGAGGACAGACAUCUCUGCAUCUUGCAGUUGAAAAUGGACACAUAGAAGUUGUCAAAGAACUGAUCAGAUUAAAGGCACAUCUAUCUCCGACCUCUAACGAAAAAAGCACACCUUUGGACUUUGCAAUGAUAAACCAAAGGACUGCUAUUAAAGAUAUGCUUUUAGCACAUGGAGCAGUUUCUGGGGAAAAUCUGAAAAAGCGAUGCGAAAUGUUUUAA